CUGCGAGUGAGAAGAAAAAAUAAACGUGAGAGCAAGAGGGUGACGGAGGGAGAAGAAAGACCGAUCUUGGAGCACCGGAGUUGCUGGAGAAGGACGGACGCUGCAGAUUCCUGCCAGGCUAGCCUGCCGCCGAACGCCGUCGUGUGAUCACCCAAAAGCCGCCGGACUGCGUCGGACUGCCGCCGGGACAUUUUUACGACGCUAAGUGAGAGAAAGACAUGUCUUCAAGGACUUCCAUAUCACGUGGUGCUCAGCGUGAAAUCCGUGGCCACCCAAAUAAUGGUGUUAUUGUUGGUAUUGGUACCACUCGGAACUUGGCUUUAGGAGGGCAUACAGCUGGAUCAGAUGGCCAACAAUCACCGAACACCCCUGCGUCAGAUGGAAGUGGAUCAUUUGCUUCGAAUACAAGACCUGAACUUUCAAUGCAACCUAACUUGAUACCACACAGUGUGUCUCUCACACAGUCUUGCGAUUACAUUGUGGUCGGAGAUUUGAAAGUAAAUGAAAAAGUGAAGAAGUCCCUUGAAACUAUUGCUUCACAAUUGUUCACUGGCUGGCCAGCUAAUUACGGAAAUUUGGAUCCCAAGUCUCACGAGAAAUACUUAUCACUAUUCUCGGAAGAGUAUACAUGGGCCCCGUCAGAUAAAAGUCGAAUGAUAUACGAAGUUCAUUCACAAUUUGCUAGUCGUUACACGGCACGCAUGUCCAAUUUGAGAAAUCAUAUACAAUCCAAAAUUCCAGAUUUUUUUCCAGAUCAAGACUACACAAGAUUCAUUCCCUUCCGUCCGGAGCUCGUAACCUCUCACACAUGGGCUAAACUGUGUAACUAUUGGAACUCUGAUGAAUGGCAGAUGUAACCGUGUUGGCAACCUUUGUGAUGGUGAAGUUCCUGCAAAGACAAAAGGAAGAAAGUCUAAAGCGCGAUUUUAUUCUGAAUUGGAGGAGGAACUUGGCCGAACUCCAACAAUGGAGGAAUUUGGAGUUAAGUGGAAUGCAGUUGACCCUGUAACAGGUCAGCUACCUACAACACCGCACGCUCGUUACAUGGCUAAUUACAGUCAACAAAUGGAAGAAAAAUAUGGACCGGACCGGUCACAACAUCCAGUGUUUGACUUUGAGAUUUGGACACAAAUUACCGGUCCUCCAAAAAAGGGGCGACUGAUUGGUGUACCGGACCAAUUAUCACACCCAGAGUUGUUUAAACCAUCAAAACCACAAGAGGAUAGGUGUGUGGUUUUAGAACAUCAAAUUGUUGAUCUCAAGGUUGAAAUAGAGAGUAUGCGACUUGGUAUGUUGGAGCUUAAGACAUAAAAUAAAAAAAUCCAGGCUGAAAAUACAGAGCAAAAAACUCAAUUCAACUCUACAAUGAGCAACAUUUGGGGUUUCCUAAUCAAUAUGGGUGUUGCUAACCAAAACAUGAUCCCUUUUAAUUUUGGGUCAUCUCAACAUCAUCCUGCAAUGAUGUUUGGGCAGCAGUCACAACUCCAUCAGCACUUACCAUCCAGGCAACAACAAGGAUCGUUCAGUCAGCUUAUUGGGAUGACAUAUGCCCAAGCUCAACAAGAAACGGUAGGGGACCAGCCUCCACAAUUUAUUCAUGGUGAUCUUGCACAACCUAAGGCAGCUCAACGUUUCUCAAACCCGCCUGCCUGCCUGCCAUCCAACGCGACCAACUGUUGCUCCACGUAUUUUUCCUAUGCGGCAUACUCAUGUAGACUCAUUGACCUCCCAUUGUGAUGAAGAGGAAAUGGUUGAUGUAAACAAUGACAGUUAGCAAAACAUUUCAAGUUGUUGCAACUUUUUUGUGUCAUUCAUUCACAUAUUUGUACUCUGCAAUGUUUCUACAUUUUGGUUUAAAAAAUUGAGUUAUUUUCGUCUCAUGAAUGAUGAAUCCAUG